AUAUUGGGGCAUUGCCUCAGGCUUUUCCGUGUCCUAAGUCUCGCGAGAUUACGGCGAUCGAUUGGUCGAGCAUCUAGGAAGAGGUCGGGAAGAAGUCAGGCAGUGGCGAGUCGUCGUCAUUGCUGGGCUGCUAGCUUUCCCUCAGUACAAGUGCUGGGUCGGUCUCCUUCCAACUCCCACCUGUUGGUCUGUUCCUCCGGUGACAGUGCAGGUGGCUGAGUGAGCGCUUGGGGGGACCUGGCAACCGACUAGGAGCAGCCUUCUUUUCUCCUCUCCAACCCCCCCCCGCCCGCUUUGGUGGUGGGGGCAACGGCACGAGGCACUUGGGCCCGCUGCGGCCGGCUGGUUAUUGAGGCGGCUGCAGGGCGCGAGCGACCUCUUGACUCUCCGUUCUCCAGGCAGGAAAUCCCCUCUUUCUGCAGUGGGAGGAGCCAGCGCUUCUGCUUGAGGGUCUCCCCUCCCGGCCGCGCUGGGCGGGGCGGGCUCGGGGUCGAGAUGACCCAGGAGCGGCCCAAGUUCUAUCGGCAAGAGCUGAACAAGACGGUCUGGGAGGUGCCCGAGCGUUACCAGAGCCUCUCGCCGGUGGGCUCGGGAGCUUACGGCUCCGUCUGCUCUGCCUCUGAUGCUAAAACUGGCCUGCGAGUGGCUGUGAAGAAAUUGUCCAGACCAUUUCAGUCCAUCAUACAUGCCAAAAGGACCUACCGUGAACUGCGUCUCCUUAAACAUAUGAAACAUGAAAAUGUUAUCGGUCUUCUUGAUGUGUUCACACCUGCAAAGUCACUAGAGGAAUUCAAUGAUGUAUACCUUGUAACCCAUCUCAUGGGAGCAGAUCUGAACAACAUUGUGAAAUGUCAAAAGCUCACAGAUGAUCAUGUACAGUUUCUUAUCUAUCAAAUUCUUCGUGGUUUGAAGUAUAUUCAUUCGGCUGACAUUAUACACAGAGAUUUAAAACCAAGUAACCUAGCUGUGAAUGAGGACUGUGAGCUGAAGAUUCUGGAUUUUGGAUUGGCUCGACACACAGAUGAUGAGAUGACGGGGUAUGUAGCAACCAGGUGGUACAGAGCUCCUGAGAUCAUGCUGAACUGGAUGCAUUACAAUCAAACAGUUGAUAUUUGGUCGGUUGGAUGCAUUAUGGCUGAACUGUUGACUGGAAGAACACUGUUCCCUGGUACGGACCAUAUUAACCAGCUUCAGCAGAUCAUGCGUCUGACGGGGACACCCCCUGCGUAUCUCAUUAACAGGAUGCCCAGCCAUGAGGCAAGAAACUAUAUACAGUCUUUGUCUUACAUGCCGAAGAUGAAUUUUGAAAAUGUAUUUAUUGGUGCCAAUCCUCUGGCUGUGGACUUGCUGGAGAAGAUGCUGGUAUUAGACACAGACAAACGAAUCACUGCUGCUGAAGCGCUAGCCCAUGCCUAUUUUGCUCAGUAUCAUGACCCGGAUGAUGAGCCCAUUGCAGAUCCCUAUGAUCAGUCAUUUGAAAGCAGAGAACUUGAUAUUGAGGAAUGGAAAAGUCUGACCUAUGAUGAAGUAGUUAGCUUUGUGCCACCACCGCUUGAACCAGAGGAGAUGGAGUCCUGAGAAUCUGUUUCUCUACUUGUCCCAUAUCACUGUGAGGGGAAAGCCCUUUUUUCAUAGGGAUUCUCCAAAUACAUUCAAGUGCCUCUUGCCGUGAAGAUUCUCCUUGGUGGGGGGUUUUUUGUGUGUGUGUUUGUGUGUUGAAUGGGGGCGGGGAGGAUUUGGAAGAAAAUAUUUAUACGGUUACUGUGUAAACAUGUUGCAUGUUCUCUUGUAUUUUUGUAUACAGCCUGGGACAUGCUUCUGAAGACCUGUUUGAUUGCUUUUUAGCCUUCACAGUUGGUAACCAGCUUUCACUGCUCUGGGGCGAGACAGGCAUUAUGCAGGGAAGCUGAGAUUUCAGAUUCUCAGUAACAAUUCUUGCCAUUAAAUGGCUCUCCUACCAAGAAAAAAUUUAGACUUGGAUAAUGAAAGCUGAACUACUACUUGAACUAUGCCCUCUGCUUUCUGAGGUGAGAGGAUAGAGAGGAAAAGGGAUGUCUUUUCAUUCCGUGCCAUGUGGCUGCUUUACACCCAAAGCCUCUUCCAGUAUUCUGUACAACAGGAAGGAUGGGCCUAUGAUUGGCUGGCUAUCCUUUAGGAUCUUUUCUUGUCUAAAACAGGUGUGUAUUUUUUUUUUUAAGUGUGUGCCUUAAACAACUGAAAACUGAGUCUGGGUUAGUGUUCUCAAGAGGAAUUCUGAGCUUGCUGCUUUCCAAGGUGUGGGCUACCAGGGUAUCCAUGUCUGACUACUAUGGCCUUCCAAAAAAAUAAGUGUACCUGUUAUGAAUUAAUUUGUUCAUUUCUCUCUUCCUUGCCCUUACCUUGAGAUUCUCCAGCAAUAGCUCUGCCUGCUCAUUUUGUGUAUCUUUCUCUUAAGAUAGAGUGGGGUUUUUUUGCAUGUUGUAGCUAUAUGUGCAUGUAGGCUGACUUGUGGUGUUUUGGAGGAGGCACUGAGGCAUUAAGUCAACCCAUGGUAUUCAGUAUCAUCAAAGCCAUAAAGAAUUGCAACAUCCAUCUAUCCUUGUUCAACUCAUUGUUGACAUUCUGGGCACUUUUUAGAUAAAAGGGGCAGAUGAAUAUGCACCUUUCCUUGUUCUUCCUUCUGUGGCUUUAAAAAAAUGUGUUCACUUAUCAGUUUGCAUGUGCCUGAACACAACAUUCAGUGCAUUGUAUUCAUAUAUUAUAUAAAUCACGUAACACUGAAAUUGCCCUGUUGAGGAACUGAGCGGGGGCAUCAGUUCAAGUAUUUUGUGUUCAUCAGGUAUUCUGGGUAUCAGAGAUCCUAUUUUUAAAGUAUUUUCUGAAAUUUAUAUAAUGCAGGUAUCAUGCAUGGUGUUAUACCUGUUUCUGAAAGAUUGAAGCUUUGCAGUAUUUUUCUUUUUCUGAUGCAUCUGGGAUGUCUAUGUAUUUAUCCCUUUUUGUACAGAGAAGCUGCAAAAAAAGGUGGGGGGAGAUGGCAUGUGGAUAAUGAAGCCAUCAGAUCCAUCCUUCCUAGUGAUCUCCCUUCAGGUCAGACCCUCUGUAGAGAAGCUUGGGCUUGGGGUUCAAAGAGCAGUGCUCCUUCAUGCUUCUGAUUCGGAGGCCUCCUUAAGACCAAACAAAAUCAACUCCCUCUGCUGGACCUACAGUCUGGGUAUUCAGAUGGAAAUGUAGAUAUAUUCUGUAAAACAUACAGGAAGACUAUUUUUAUCAGUCAUUUUAUGUGUAGAUGCUACCAUGUGAUUUUCAUGCAGAAAUACUACAAAAGAAUUUUAAAUUUUAUAGGUAUUUGUGUGUGAAUGGGAAUAUCUCAAAGUGGAGAUUCUGUGUGGGAGCCCCUGUGGUGUGUACUCCCUAUUAGUGUGGUGCUGUUUUACUGCCUGAAUUCUGGACAGAAAGUACACACCUUAAAGAGGAAUUCUGCAAUUUUGUUCAUAUCCAGGAACUUUGCUCUAAUUUGUUAUGCCAUAUAGGAUAUCGCACAAUGCCACUGGUAUAAAAUAAAACCUAUUUUUCAGACUUAA